AUGAAGGACGACAUCGAAACACACCAGACAACGUUGACCGCUGUCGAGAGCAUCAACGAGAAACUUGUUGACUACAGGGAUGUGGACGCAGCCCUUGGCUUUUUGCGAGCCAAUGCCCAGCCUGGGCAAGCGGUCGAUAUUGAUGAGAAGAAGCUCAUGCGGAAAGUCGAUUGGAUGAUCAUGCCGUUGAUGUUUGCUUGUUACUAUUUGCAAUACACGGACAAGACGUUGCUUUCCUAUGCCGCAAUCAUGGGUGUCAUUGAAGACACCCAUAUGCCGUCGAAUGGCUUCUCGAAUUUAGCCAUCGCUUUCUAUGUCUCCUUUCUGUUCUGCGAGCCGUUCCAGUCGUUCUUCAUCCAGAAGUUUCCGACCGCGAAAUAUCUGGGCUGUAACGUGAUUUUAUGGGGCAUUGUGGUCUCCCUGAACUGCGUGUGCCACAAUUUCGCAUCCAUUGUCGCUCUUCGAGUCUUGCUCGGCGUGUUUGAGUCGUCCAAAAUGGCGUCUGACAGUUGCAGCCUUGUCAUCCUCACGGCCAUGUGGUACAAACGGCACGAACAAGUCUCACGGAUGGGAAUCUGGUAUCAAGGUACAUCGGUGGCACCGGUCGUGUCUUCUUUGGCCUCAUAUGGCUUCCUCCACUACACCGACUCCCACCCGCAUGUUCAUUUCAAGUCGUGGCAAAUAUUGUUCCUGGUCUUCGGGAUCAUCACGAUUGCUAUCGGAAUCUUGGUGGUGCUCUUCCUUCCAGACAACCCUAUGAAAAGCCGGUUGUCUGCGGAAGAGAAGAUCUACAUUAUUGAGCGAGUUCGUGAGAACCAAACUGGGAUCGAGAACAAGAGAUUGAAAACCAAACAAGUCAAGGAAGUGCUCCUUGACUACAGAACUUGGUUGCUGAGCUUGGUUGUCAUCACCACUAACGUGCCCAACGGUGCCGUUAGCUCUUUCUCAAGCAUCAUUAUCGAGAACUUCGGUUAUGAUGAAUACACAACAUUACUCCUGAACCUUCCUGGAUGUGCGGUUGCUUUUGUGUCGGUUGGUUUCGGAACAUGGUGGGCGGGCAGAUACAACGGCAGGGGCAUAGCAAUCAUUGUCCUCACCAUUCCAACCUUGAUCGGAGGAGCAUUGAUGGCGUGGCUGCCUCCAACAGACAAGGGUGGCUUGCUAGCCGGCAACUUCAUGACCAACAGCGUUGGUGCGACCCUUCCGCUGUUGUAUAGCUGGAUCACAUCGAACUAUGCCGGACAUACAAAGAAGAUCACGAUGAACGCGAUUGUACUGAUGAGCUUCUGCGUGGGCAACAUUAUCGGACCUGAGACUUUCCGUGCCAAAGAUGCACCUCAAUAUAUCCCAGCUAAGCUUACCAUUGUGGUGAUCCUCUCGAUCGCCAUUGUGCUGGCGAUUACGCUGGACCUGCUGUAUGCGUGGGAGAACAAGAAGAGGGACCGCGAAGAACCUCAGGAUUUGCCACCGGAUUAUGAGUUUCUCGAUUUGACAGACAAGGAGAAUAGGAACUUCAGAUACCUGCUGUGA